AUGAAUUAUAAUGUACAUCCAGUUUCAUAUUUGAAUGCAAAUCAAUAUAAUCAGAAUAAUAAUAAUAAUAAUGGAACAUCUAAUCAACAACAACAACAAAUACAAUCGCAGCAACCAGUCUCAUUACCUUCACAGCAACAACAACAAAGAUCACAACAAGGAGGACAAUCUCGUACUAGUAGUAUAAUUAAAAAAUCACCAUCUGCAGAUAUAGAUAUUGAUAAUGUUACUUCACCUUCAUCAAUAACUUCAUCACAUUCACCAAGAACUAAUAAUAAUAAUGGAUCACCUCAUUCAUCUUUUACUUCACAUUCAUUGGCAAAUUCACCAAUUGAUUCAUCAAAAAAUAAAUUACCUUCUACUAUUAUUCAAGAUGAAAAUACAACUGUUAUUACUAAUAAUAAUAUUAACAAUAAUGUUGCAACUACUCAACAACAACAACCAAUGCAACAACCGGUGCAGUCACAACAACAGCAAAUUCCAGCUACAGUUGUACCUUCAGUUGCUCCACAACAACCAACACAAUUACAUCCAAGUUUAAAUCAUAUUUAUAAUAAUCAUACUUAUUAUCAAUCUCAAGCCCCAAUCAAUAAAUACCAACAGCAACCAACUUAUCAAGAAUUAUCAAAUGAUCAUUUCCAUCAAAAUUACUUAGGAUCAACAGGUGUUCAUUUACCAGGUCAACAACAACAACAACAACAACAACAACAACAACAAAGUGAUCCAAAUAGGUAUACUUCAUCUUUAAAUACUUAUUCAAAUCAAAAACCAAUGAAGAAAACCUACAAAAAAAUUAGAGAAGAAGAUUUAAGAGGUCCUUUUAAAUGUUUAUGGGGUGACUGUAAUAUCAUAUUUGAUACUCCAGAAAUUUUAUAUGAUCAUUUAUGUGAUGAUCAUGUUGGUAGAAAAUCUUCAAAUAAUUUAAGUUUAACUUGUUAUUGGGAAAAUUGUGGUACUACAACAGUUAAGAGAGACCAUAUUACUUCACAUUUAAGAGUUCAUGUUCCAUUAAAACCAUUCCAUUGUGAUAUAUGUCCAAAAUCCUUUAAAAGACCACAAGAUUUAAAGAAACAUUCCAAGAUUCAUGCAGACGAUCAUCCAAAGAAAUUGAAGAAAGCUCAAAAAUUAUUAUUGAAACAACAACAAAAAGAAGCUAAACAAAGACAAAAAUUGAGUAAAAAUCAAAAUGAUUUAUCUUAUUAUAAUGGCAUUGAAAAUGAAUCAAGAAAAAGAGGUCUAGAUCAUAACUCUCAUAAUGCUUAUGUUGUUAAUAGUAUAUUGAAUGAUUUUAAUUUCCAACCAAUGAAUCACGCAAAUGGUUAUCAACAACAACAACAACAACAACAACAAUCAGAAGCUAAAAGAAUGAAACUAAAUUCUGAAUAUAAUAUGGAUAUGUUCAAUAGGUUGAAUCAUUUAGAUGAUCAAUUACAUCAUAAUCCUCCACAACAACCUCAACAAACACAACCUCAACAAACACAUCAACAACUUCAUUAUCAUCCAACUUAUACAAAUGGUACUAAUAAUAAUUUGAAUAUUUAUGAAGCUGAAAAAUUCUUUAAUUCAUUAUCAUCUUCAAUUGACAUGCAAUAUCAAAACUUGUCUUCACAAUACCACCAUCAACAACCACAACAUGCUCAAGUACCACCAACACAACAGCAACAACAACAACAACCUACAACUUCUUCAACAUCUUCAUCAUUAUACCCAUCAUUACCUACUUUAUUAAAUACUUCCACAGUUGGCAAUGGUUCAAUAUCGAAAGAUAUGUUAGGUUCAACAACUACCGGUUCAACAAACCAUCAAAGUUAUUUAUCAUCAUAUCCACAAAUCAGUAGACCAAUGGGUUAUAAUUUAUCAUAUGGAUCACAACAACCACAUUCAGGUAUGGAAUAUAAUGGUGUUUCAGUAUAUCAAAAAACAGGACAAAAAUUACAUAAACAUGAAGUUGCUCAAGAAGAUUCAGAAGAAGAAGAUGAAGAAGAUGAAGAAACAGACUCAGAAUUCUCAGAUUCAGGUUCAGAAACAUCAGAAGUUGAAUCAUUAUCAGAAGAAGAAGAGAUUGAUUCAUUAUUUGAUAAAUUAAACAUUAAAGGAUCAGAAGAAGAAGAAGAUAUAAUAAUUAACGGCUUCAAUUUAAAAGAUGUUGCAAAACAUAGAGAAAUGGUACAUUAUAUUUUACAAGUAUUAAAAGAGCAAAUUUCAAAACAAGAACAAACUACACAAACGGAUGAGAAUAAAUCAGAUGGUUGUAUUAAUGAUAAUAAAUUAUAUCCAACAAUUACUGCUUUUUAG